AUGCUUCCACUAAGGCUCCUCGAUUAACAUGAACAACAACUAUCAGUGAAAUUUGAUAAUGAAAUAGUUAGAUCACACGAUGAACUUCUUGAUCAAAUACAAAAAUUAGAAAAAUCAAAUUAUUUAUCAUUGGAUCUUUUUGCUCAAAUUGAAGAAUGGAAAAAAAUAACAAUUAACAAAAUAGAAAAAGCAGCAGAAAGAGCUCAUCAUGAACUUGUCGAGCUAAUUGAUAAACAAAGAAUAAAAAUAACAAAUCAACUUGAACCAAUCACAAAAGAAAUUUGUUGUCGACGAGAAGAACAAAACUUUCUUGAAAAUGAUAUUGAUCGACUUAAAGAAAAUAUUAAUGAAAUUCAAAAAACACUCCAACAAUUUAUUCUAAAAGAUACAAAUAAAACCAUUAUUGUUGAUAAUGAUCAAAUUGAUUGGAAUCGACUAAUCUAUAUUCGAGAAGAACAACAAAACUAUGUUUAUCCACUACCGCAACAAUCGUAUCAAAAUCCUGAUGAUCAAAAUUCUGAUGAUCAAAAUUCCGAUAAUCAAAAUCCAUCAAAACAACAAUUGUAUCGAAAUCUGUACCGUUCAUAUGCUCCACGACACCAAUCAUAUCAAAAUCCCUAUGGUUCAGAUCCUCAACAACAGCAAUUGCAUCGAAGCCCUUGCGAUCAAAAUCCUUCACAGCAGCAAUUACAUCAAAAUCCCUGCGGUCCAAAGGUUCCACCGCAACAACCAUAUCAAAAUCCUUAUAAUUCUAAUCCUUAA